AAAGACAGAUCCGACUCGGUUUAUAGCCCAUUGUGCUGCUGAAGGGUGCCCAUGGCGUAUUCAUGCAUCUAAGCUUGCUGGUACCAAAGUUGUGCAGAUCAAAGUUCUUCCAUUUGAGCACACAUGUGCAUCUACCAAGUUACAAGAAGGAAAAAUGGCAACCCAAAGUUGGAUUGCUGAUAGGGUUGGUGACUGGUUGAAGAAAAAUCCACAGAAGAGUGCUUCUGAUGUGAAGAAGAAACUUGAAGAGGACUAUGAGGUUAAGUUGAAAUAUUCCAAGGCAUGGAGUGGUUUUAGAUGUGCAUUAGAGCAAAUACAUGGUAAAUAUGAAGAGAGCUUUCAACUUCUUUUUAAUUGGAAAACUGAGAUGGAGUUGAAGUCCCCAGGGACUAUUGUAGAUAUUGAAUUGCAGAAGGUUGGGAAGAAGAUGUGCUUCAAGAGAAUAUUUGUGGCAUUGAAGCCUUGUAUAGAUGGCUUUCUUAAUGGUUGCAGGCCAUAUGUUGGUGUAGAUUCAACAAGAUUGACAGGUAAAUAUACUGGCCAACUAGCUUCAGCUACUGCAGUAGAUGGACAUAAUUGGUUGUUCUAUGUAGCAUAUGCUAUCUUUGACAGUGAGACUGAUGAUAAUUGGCUAUGGUUCAUGCAAAGUCUAAAUAAAGCCAUAGGGAACCCUGAAGGUUUUGUUAUAUCAACUGAUGCAUGCAAGGGAUUGGAGAAGGCAGUGGAAGUUGUGUUUGACAAAGUUGAGCAUAGGGAAUGUAUGAGGCACCUUUAUGCCAAUCUUGUGAAGAAGUUCCAAGGCCCUGUCUUCACUGACCAUCUGUAUCCAGCAGCUAGAAGCUACACCGAUAGUGGAUUUAGAUGGCAUAUGCAGCAAAUAUUCGAUGUCAGUCCACAAGCCAUAGAGUAUCUAGAGAAGCAUCACUCUAGGAUAUGGUAUAGGUGUGGAUUUUCUGAAGCUAGCAAGUGUGACUACCUCACAAACAAUGUAUCUGAAAGCUUUAAUAAUUAGAUAAAGCAGCUGAAAGGUUUGUUGCUCCAUGAACUAGUUGAUUCAAUUAGGGAAAUGGUUAUGGAGAAGAUGGCAUUAAGGAGAGAUAUUGGGAAUAAGUUGGUAGAUGGGAUUCUGCCAAAUGUUAUGAAAGAGUUAAAUAAUGCAUCUGGGUGUCUGAGGGUGGUCAAAGUUGCUAGGUCUAAUGAUGGUUUUGCAGAAGUUACACUAGUGGAGGCCGAUAACAUGACAAAGAGGCAUACAGUUGAUUUGGACAACCACAAAUGCUCAUGUAGGGUUUGGCAAGUUACAGGGAAGCCAUGUAAGCAUGCUCUAGCUUGGAUCACCACUAAUAGAGGGAGGAUCCAAGAUUUUGUUAGCCCAUAUUACAGUGUUCAGACAUUCAAGAUUGCUUAUGUAGGAAGAGUAGUCCCAAUGACAGAUAGGUCACAGUGGCCACAAGUUGACCUAGGAUUUAAGGUUUAUCCACCUAGGCAAAAAAGGGGUGCUGGAAGACCUAGAGUACAAAGAAUUAGGGGAUGUCUAGAACCUGGCAGAAAGAGAGUUACCUGUAAAAGGUGUAAUGGGUCAGGUCACUUUGAGAAGACUUUUAAAUUAGCUGAACCAGUUGAUAAAGAUGACAUGAAUAGACCUUCUGGCAGUAAAAAGAGGAAGAGACAAGUAUCUGGAGAGGAUGCAAGCACAUCUGCAGCAGUAAGCAAGGAAAACAAGAGAAAAUCUAGCAAGAAAACUCCAAAGAAGAAGAAGACUCCUAAGAAGAAGAAAACUCUUCUAAAAAGGAAAGAAUUGGCUGCUAGUAGUGAUCCACCAGCUAGAGUAGUUAGAAAGUUGUCAGAGUGGUUUGUUAAGUGAUUAGAGUAUUGCUAGAUCAGGUUGAGUAUUGCUAAGUAUGUGAACCUAAGUAUUCUAUUUUGCUGGGUCACCUUCUUCGGUUUGUAAGGUGCUACCACUCCAAUAUGUAUGGUCUGUCUUCAGAACCAAUGUUUUGCUUUAGGUUGUGACUGAAAUGUUGGUCUGAAUUGUAUUGUUGCACAUUGAGAGUUGAAUUGUAUUGCUGCACAUCUACCAUCAGAUUUUAGUAUUGCUGCACAACACACAUUUUUACCACAUAAAACAAAGACAUUCC